AUGAGCACCAUCUUUGGCGACGUGCGAGUGCGAUUGGAGCGGUUGACGCUCAAUGGUCAUGAUUAUGCCUGCUACAUCGGUCUUCCGCAGCACUGUGGCCCUAUUGCCACCGUCUUCCUGCUGCACGGAUGGCCCGAUCUUGCCUUUGGCUGGCGACACCAGAUGCCCAUGCUGCUCGAUGAGGGCUUUCGCGUGGUGGCGCCCGACAUGAUGGGCUACGGCGACACGGCAUUUCCUCCCGCAUCAAACCUCCGUGCCUACACGUACAAAAGCGUUGCCGACGAUCUUCGCCAAUUGGCCUGCCUAUUGAACUGCACCACCAUUGUCUUGGGGGGUCACGAUUGGGGCGCUCAAGUCGCAUGGCGGGUUGCGCAAUGGCACCCGCACUUGGUCUCGCACUUGUUCUCCAUCGCCGGUCCGUAUCGUCCACCUGCGACGCACUGGAUUCCGCUCGACGACAUGGUCAAGCGCGCCCCUCAAUUCGCGUACCAAAAGCAGAUUGCCAGCGGCAUCCUCGAGCGCGAAUUCCACACGACCGAAGGCUUGACUCAUUUCCUGAACAUUCUCGACUUCAGCGGCGAUGAUGAGAACCAAGCCUCUUUCGACCCUACCUACGGCUUCCAUUUGGAGCAUCUGAAAGGACUGGGCAGAGGAAGUCUCUUGACCGACGAGGAGCGCGACAUCUAUCUGUCCAAGUACGCUCAAACCGGCUUGCACGGUCCUUGCAACUGGUAUCGGACGCGGCGGGAGAACUUUGAAGACGACCAACUCCUGCCCACCACCAUCAUCGAUGUUCCUGUCCUGUACAUCGCCGCCGAGCGCGAUCGUGUCUUCUCGGCUUCACUCGCGCAAGAUAUGGAGCACUUCAUUCCGCAACUGUCACGGACCUCGGUCGACGCGCACCACUACGCUCACAUGGAGAAGUGGCAGGACGUCAAUCGCAUUCUCUCCGCCUGGCUUCACGUGCAAUUCCCUCGAUAG